CAGCAGCCAGGAAAGAUGGGCCGGAAGCUGGACCUGUCGGGCCUGACGGACGACGAGGCGGAGCACGUCUUGAAAGUGGUCCAGCGGGAUAUGAAGCUGCGAAAGAAGGAGGAGGAUAGGCUGAGUGAGAUGAAGCAGGAGCUGGCGGAGGAAGGCAGCAGAUGCUCCAUCCUCUCCAAGCAGCACCGCUUCAACGAGCACUGCUGUAUCCGCUGCUGCGCGCCCUUCACCUUCCUGCUCAACCCCAAGCGCCUGUGCCUGGACUGCCAGUACAACGUCUGCAAGACCUGCUGCACCUACAGCAAGAGGGACAAAGCCUGGCUCUGCUCUGCAUGCCAGAAGGGCAGGAUCUUGAGGACACAGUCGCUUGAAUGGUAUUAUAACAAUGUGAAGAGUCGCUUCAAGAGGUUCGGCAGCGCCAAGGUUUUGAAGACUCUCUACAGAAAGCACAUUAUAGAGAGAGGAGCGCUCUCUGAUCUCCCAGAAAGCAGUGUUCACGAGGGAAGCACCGGCAACGACAAUGAUGGCAGCAUCUGUGGCAGUGACUCCGCCUUCUACAAACAGAGUGAAGGACACAGCAUGGCAGAGACACUCACAGUCGCCCUGCGUGUGGCUGAGGAGGCCAUAGAGGAGGCCAUCGCCAAGGCAGAGGAGUUCAGCGACAGCUUGGAGAAGCAGAAUGAGGCUCGGUAUCUGCGGGACCACAAAGAGGAGCUCAUAGAGGAACUUGCCACUACCAUUGUACAAAAAAUCAUCCAGAGGCGGAAGCGUUCAGAGAUGCAGACAGAGUAUGACUUUGUCUGGCCUCAGCCUCAGUCCUUGAUCCAGACCAGUGAACUCCCCUCUCCGUCUCAGGCUCAGGCUUCUUCACAAGGACCGCAGGACCCCCUCAAGACCUCCUACUCCCUCUGGCGCUCGCGGUCAGCGUUCUCCCUCACCAGUGACGACUCCCCGGAGAAGGGUCCAGAGGAGGAGGGCGCCGGGGCGGGCGGCGGUGGUUUGCAAGAGUACGCUUCUCUGAAGAGGGAGGGCAAGGCCACGUCACUACCCAGCUGGAAGAGCGUCGACCGCCUGGACAACUCCAGUGCAUCCUCAGUGCUCCAGAGCCCAGACGGUAACUGGAUCGCUCUGCACAGCUCACAGCUGUCUCGCCCCAGCCUGCUAACCAAGAGGAAGAGCCUGGUGUUCAGCGUGUUGGAAAAAGAGUCCGGCGUCGUCUCGGCUUACGACGAGAUGGGAUCCGACUCGGAGGAGAACGACGAGGGCGGCUGGGGUGCAGCGUUGCGACAGUUCCGCCGCAAACUGUCCGAUGAGACUUACUACACGGACUCGCAGCACGACCCGGAGUGGACGUACACCCAGCACCUUCCCAUCACAUCACCGUCAUCUGGCCAGUACACCAACACAGAGACUCUCAACUCAGACUCAGAGGCCUCGUCCGUGCUGUCGGCGUGUCCUCGCAAACCGCCGCACAACCUUCUGAGGAAGAAAGGGCCGCCGGACACACACCUGCACCCUCAUCACCAGCCGCUCUGCCACCAACACCUUCACCAGAGCUUCUCUCCGUAUCCAGGCCACACAGAGGCACUGGACGUGAACUUUAACCCGAAGGUGAUGGGAGACAGCAGCGAGGCUGAGGAGAGGCAGAGUGACCCGGUCAGAAGAUCACGGCGACGCAGGAAAAGCAAGAGAGAGUCGUCAACAGAGCAGGGCAGGACUGGAGGCCAGAGCCACGCACAGUCCAUCUACCCAUUAGCACAGGAAAACAGUGGUUUUCUACUCAAUGCCCUUCUGAAGAGGGGUUUAAGUGAGGAACAGUCAGUACCUGACACUACGCCAGUGACUACAGCUGCACCAGACGCCUUCAAAUUAGAUGCCAUGACACCCGAGCCAGAGGACCUGGAGACAGUGGCCCCAAAUUCAGCAGCCCCCAGCCCUCCACACCCCCACUCUCUGGCUCCGGGGUCCCAGCACUCGCCCAGCAGCUCAGGGCCUGGAGAGCCCCUGGAAGAGGAGCUACGAUCCAGACUCAGCCAGCUGGCCAGCCGUGCCAACAGCAAAGACAGCAGCUCAUCUGAAGAGGAGUGCACGAAGCGGCCCGCGGACAAACAGACGGAUAAAGAAAGUGACAGACUGAGAGAGAAAACCAGACCAAAAGACAUGGAAAGAGAAAGGCUGAGGGCAGCUGACAGAUUAAGAGACAGGGCCAGCAGUAAGGAGAGAGACAGAGCAAGUGAAACCGUGGAACAAGUGAACGGACAAGAGAUGAAAAGAAGCGAGAGACUAAUAAAGAGUCAGUCAGUGAGAGAGGAAGGAAGAGUUCGGGAGAGGAGGUUAGAGAAAGGAGUGGGAAGUUUGGAGGAUGACCGGGAGCAAAAGAGAGGAGAUAAAAGAGAGGUGAACAGACAAAGUAAGAGACAACAUAAAAGAGAGGUGGUGAAGGAAGCAGAGCAGAAAGGAGGAGCACGGAGGAGCGGGUCCAGUGCAAGUUCCCCUGCUGUCACACCUUCUUCCCAGGAGGGGGUGCUGUCAGACAACCAGGAGGCACAGAAUGACUUGGAGCAACAGCAGAGGCUUCAGUUUCUCUCCUCUCUCUUACAGCAGCAGAAGUACUCGGCGGCCUCUCUCUGCAGCAUCACCACAGAGGUGCUGAAGGUUUUGAACGCUACCGAGGAGCUGAUCGGUGAGGCAGGAGGUGAGAGCUACACCCCAUCUGAGUCCAUGAGUGCUUCUCCCAUCUCCAGCAGCUCCGAGACCCGCAGGCUGGACCAAAGGCUGACCAAGAUGGAGGAGAAUGUAUACCUGGCUGCUGGUGCAGUGUAUGGGCUUGAGGGUGCGCUGGGGGACCUGGAGCAGUGUGCCCGCAGUAUUAGCAGCGGCACCACGGACACAGAGCUGGCCUUCCUGGAGGACCAGGUGGCUACAGCAGCCGCUCAGGUUCAGCAGUCUGAACUGCAGGUGUCAAACAUUGAGGCCAGGAUAUCAGCUCUGAAAACAGCUGGGUUGAAUGUGGCUGUCUGCAAUCGCUUCUCCAAGUUCAAGCCAAAAGCUAAGCCUCAAACCCUGGACUCGUCACGCCAUCAAAGGAGGAAGCUUCCAGCGCCUCCACUGAAAGAAAAGUUGGAGCCCGAGCAGCAGGUGAACGUAUUUCGGCCAUAGUGACACUCAGCAGCACAACAGGUCCCUCAGGGCCACUUCAGAGCCCCAUGGACGGGGGGCCCCUCU